AUGAUAAAGAAACCGAAUACAAAUGAAUUAAAUGCCCUUUGGCAUAAUUACGAAAUUAUCUGCUCUAUUUUUUAUAGAAACAAAAACCAACAUCAUGGACAAGUUUGGUGGAAAUAUGUUUCCAUGUUGCGGCAAAAACUUCGAGUAUAUUUCUUAUUACCUUUACGUCUUCGUGAACAACAACAAAAGAAGAUACUUACCUUUAUCCCUAAUGCAUAUUUAUAUUUUUCAAGUAUUAUAGCUCAGGGUCAAUUUCCUAAAUUAGGCAUAGUACUGUUUACAAUUAUAGCAAGUAUUAGAAAUAUAUUUUGGAAGGAUGAAACGUUUCAAGAAAAUACUCAAGAGAUAGAUUCCGAAGACAUAGGUGAAGUAAUUGACAUAUGUUUUUGA